AUGUAUCGGAAGUUGUCUAAGUUAGAACACUCGGAAAUAAAACAACUUCUUACAGAAGCUAAUAUAGAUGUUGCAAAGCAUUACGCAACAAACAAAAAAGCACUCGCUGACAUCCUCAAUGACUAUAAUGGUGCAAUAAGUUAUGAUAGAAUUCAUGAGUUCAUAAAGCCGCAACGCGGCGAGGACGAAGUCCAUGCAAGAGCAUUUCCUUUAAAUGACGUUGCUAUUGACUUAUAUCAUAGACGUUCAGUACCUCAUGAAGUAAGAAGAGAAAUGUUUGACAUAACAAAUGCGAACGUUGGUCAUACUCGUAAAGCUCUUUCGCAUGAUGUUCGUCAAGAAAUGUUUGACAUAACAAAUGCAAACGUUGGUGAAACAAGAAGAAGAGACGACACACUGAAACAACAGAGAAGAGAGAUGUUUAAAGUGCUAUAG